CAACUGCACCCACAAUUGCUUAUCCCUUUUUAUUCUUGUCCAGCGCAUAAUCGCACACUCGGCUGCCCAUUGUUACCCGUGCCCGGUCUCGCGCCAGGAACGGGAACGAUAGAGCGGAAAUGAUGCACGCUGUUGGCAUACCCAUUUCGGUCCAAGUGUUUGUUUUGCACAUGCCUAGACUUUGGGCAAGCGAACAUGGGAAUCGGCGAAGGGCGUAUAAAGGCCGUCGAGAGGCGAGUGAGCCCUAGCAACUCGCCUCCUGAGUCUCUUCGUUCGCUGCUGCACCCCCGCUUCGACCUUCGUCGUGCACCAGUGCCUCCGCUCUUUGCAUCCCAUACCCAACCGCCCGUCUAACACCAUGCGCUUCUCGCUCGUCCUCAUUGCCCUCUCUGGCGUCGUCGCCUCUGCAUCCGCUAUGUCUACCCGCGCGGGCAUCUUUAAGCGCCAGUUCCCUACAUGCGCGGAUUCGUGUCUCGCAAACGCCGACUUCGGUGAUUGCAAUGAGAGCGACGACAGCUGCCUGUGCAGGAACAGCGCCUUCGUCAACUCUGUCACGUCCUGCAUCCAGACCUCCUGCACUGGCAGCGAUAUCGCGACGGCCGACGAAGACGCCCAACAACUGUGUCUCGCGGUCGGCGUUACCCUAUCUGCCUCGUCUGCCUCCGCCACCGCUACUUCCCCCAGCUCAACCUCCGCGACCUCCGCGACCUCCGCGUCAGCAUCAUCCGGCGCCGCGAAGACAGGUGCCGCAAUGACCCACGGCGUAAGCGCGAUUGCGGGUCUAGUCGCGGUGGGCGCCGUUGCCUUCGCGCUCUAAAUGCGGUCGUCCCCUUGUCCCCUUCCCUGCGAGAAGCCGAGCCCGAGCCUGUAGAACCCUUCUUCGUGAAUCCGCGUGGGUAGAUCCCGACGGGACGGCGAUAUCGCCCGCCAGGGGUUUAUCUUAUUCUUUGCUUGUGCUUCAAGUACCAUACAUACACUUUGGGCUAUUCGCCGUGCCGCGCGGGACCUCUUUCUUCGCUACUGGGUAC